AUGUUUCCCUCAGUUGAUGGUCGCUUUGUUAUCCUCGCCGUCUUACCUGCAUCCUUUGUCUUUAUCAAAGCCUUCACACGGUUAAUUCAAAACAGGCAGAACAAACCUUGCCUUCGUCCUGGCCCAGUGCCGCUCCCACUGUUAGGGAACGUCUUAUCUAUCGACACCAAGGAGCCUUGGUUGACUUAUACCGAAUGGGCUGCUGCUCAUGGAGACUUGGUUUUCGUGCGACUUCUGGGCCAGGAAGUCGUGGUGAUCAAUUCUCAGCACGUCGCAGAAGCCUUAAUGGACAAGCGUUCUCGCAUUUACUCCGAUCGACCAUACUUAGCCACAGUCGAGCCAUUUGGUUGGUCGGACAUCUUUGCAUUCACAGGCUAUGGUGACGAAUGGCGUCUUGCCCGACGACUUUUCCACCAAUCUUUCCGUCCCGAAUCUGCACUCAAGUUUCGUCCGAUGCAGAUCAAGAAGGCUCGUGAGAUGGUCAUCAACUUAAUUGAUGACUCUCAACAUUAUCAUUCUCACUUUGCAACAUUCUCGUCAUCAAUUGCGAUGUCAGUGACAUACGGCUACCAAACUAGUCCUCGUGAUGAUCCUCUGGUUCGAAUUGCGGAAAGUGCAUUGGUUAUUGGCCUUCAGGUAAUGACCCCAGAGAAAGCGAUAUUACUUAAAAUUUUCCCCUUCUUGCUGAGGUUACCCGACUGGUGCUGGGGAUCCGCGAUCAAACGCGAUGCUCAAGUUUCGACCCAUCGCAUGACUGAAAUGACGGACCUGCCGUUCCAAUAUGCGCAGGAGCACAUGGCCGAAGACUUGUCCCUCGGCCAGGUUUCAAUGGUAUCAGACAAUUUGCAACGGAUGGAGAAGCUGGAUCAGUCAUCAAAACCCAUCUUCGAGACUGCCUUAAAGAAAGCAGCUGCUACUGCUAUUGUAGGUUCAUAUGAGACGACCACGUCGACCUUGAUGACGUUUUCUCUCGCCAUGGUAUUGUAUCCAGAUAUCCAGAAACGCGCACAAGCGGAGAUCGACUCGGUGGUCGGAGCAGAUCGCUUGCCUACAUUUGAAGACAGAGCCUCGCUACCCUACGUUGAAUCAGUCCUGCGCGAAACUUGGAGAUGGCACCCCGUCGGAGUCCUUGGCGUUCCACAUGCCACCUCGAAUGAUGAUACAUACGAUGGUUAUUUCAUUCCGAAAGGUCUGCUGUUUUCGUCCAGUGAACAAAUAUUUUGUGAUAUUGUACAUCAGGAGCGACCGUCAUAUCUAACAUAUGGGGCAUUUCACGGGAUGAAAAGCGGUACCCCCGAUGCAUCUAGCUUUAUACCAGAGAGGUUCCUGGACGUCAAUAAUGCGUUGACGGAUGAUGACCCUGCUGAAUACGUUUUCGGCUUUGGCCGGCGUGCAUGUCCAGGCCGACAUGCUGCUGAUGCCUCUGUAUGGUCCGCUAUUGUUACUAUGCUGGCCACGGUGGAGUUUUCUUCUGCCAAAGAUGACCAGGGCAAAGUGAUUGAAUUCACCCCCCAAUUCACCACGGGACUCACUCAGUACUUGGUUUUUCUCGUAUCAUUCCAUUUCCUCGGCACUAACAGUUCCAUCGUUUUAGCUGCCCUGUGGUCUUCCCUUGCAAUAUCUCAGCACGCUCUCGUGCCCAUUCAGAACUUGUGGAUGUUUUCCGAACGGGAGUAUGACAUGUGUUCAGGUGAAUGA